UCUGCCUCCGCUGAUUAGAAUUAAUUUCAUAGGUUGUGUUUUUCCUGCCUUUUUCGCCUGUGCACUGUGGCUUCGGAUUUGGACAGCAAAUAUGGGAUUGCCUGCUUUGGAGUUCAGUGACUGUUAUUUGGACAGUCCGCAGUUCCGUGAGAGGUUGAAGUCCCACGAAUUGGAGUUGGACAAGACCAACAAAUUUAUCAAGGAGCUGAUCAAGGAUGGGAAGGCGCUAAUUCAAGCACUGAAAAAUCUGUCCACCGCGAAGAGGAAGUUUGCAGAAUCACUGAAUGAAUUCAAGUUUCAGUGCAUCGGGGACGCGGAGACGGACGAUGAGAUAUGCAUUGCAAAGUCACUGCAGGAGUUUGCUGGAGUUCUGCAGAAUCUUGAGGAUGAGAGGACCCGAAUGAUUGAGAAUGCCAAUGACGUUCUAAUCACGCCGCUGGAGCGGUUCAGGAAAGAGCAGAUUGGAGCUGCUAAGGAGGCGAAGAAGAGGUAUGACAAGGAGACGGAGAAAUACUGCGGUGUGCUGGAGAAGCAUCUCAGUCUUUCAGCCAAGAAGAAGGAGUCCCACCUUCAUGAGGCAGACAGCCAGGUGGACCAGGUGAGACAGCACUUCUAUGAGGUGUCUCUGGAAUACGUCUUCAAAGUACAAGAGGUGCAGGAGAGGAAGAUGUUUGAGUUUGUUGAGCCGCUGCUGGCUUUUCUUCAAGGUCUCUUCACAUAUUAUCAUCAUGGCUAUGAGCUAGCAAAAGACUUCAGUCACUUUAAAACAGAUCUCACCAUCAGUAUCCAAAACACGCGGAACCGUUUUGAGAGCACGCGUUCUGAGGUGGAGUGCCUGAUGAAGAAGAUGAAGGAGAGCCCGCACGAACACAAGACUGUCAGCCCAUACACCAUGGAGGGCUAUCUGUUCGUGCAGGAGAAACGCCCCUUUGUGUCCACGUGGGUUAAAUACUACUGCACCUACCAUCGCGAGUCCAAACGGGUCGGCAUGGUUCUUUUUGACCAGAAGUCUGGAGGCAAAGUAGGUGAAGAGGAAAGCUUCACUCUCAAGUCCUGCACGAGGAGAAAGACAGACUCCAUCGAAAAGAGGUUCUGUUUUGACGUUGAGGCUGUAGACCGACCAGGAAUGAUCACUAUGCAGGCCCUGUCUGAGGAAGACCGUAGGCUGUGGAUGGAAGCCAUGGAUGGCAGGGAGCCGGUGUACAACUUGAACCGAGACAGCCAAAAUGAAGCUAUGGCACAGCUUGAUGUCGUUGGCUUUAACGUCAUCAAGAAGUUCAUUUACGCCGUGGAGACCAGAGGAAUCGAGGAGCAGGGACUGUACAGGAUCGUUGGCGUCAACUCCAGAGUGCAGAAACUACUAAGCCUGGCUAUGGACCCAAAGACGUGUGCUGAUGUGGAGCUGGACAGCCCAGAAUGGGAGAUUAAAACCAUUACAAGCGCCAUCAAACACUACCUCAGGAUGCUUCCAGGGCCGCUAAUGACCUAUCAGUUUCAGAGGAGCUUCAUCAAAGCAGCCAAGUUGGACAGUCCUGAGGCGCGGAUAGCGGAGAUCCACGCCACUGUUCACCGGCUCCCGGAAAAGAAUCGGCAGAUGCUGGACCUGCUUAUGAAACACUUGGCAAAUGUGGCAAGUCACCAUCAGAAAAACCUGAUGACGGUGGCCAACCUGGGCGUGGUCUUCGGCCCCACGCUGCUGCGGCCGCAGGAGGAGACCGUGGCAGCUAUCAUGGACAUAAAGUUCCAGAACAUCGUCGUGGAGAUCCUUAUCGAGAACCAUGAGAGGGUGAGUGAAACCAUCUCUGACCCCCCUGUGUCGACGGGGGGGCAGGCCAACGCUCCACUCAACCUCGCCAGCAGGAGGAGGAGCACGGAGACCAAAGCCCCCUCCUGCAGCGAGAGACCCCUCAUGCUCUUCCAAACGCCCACUCAUUCAGAGAAGGACAAAGAGAAGAGGAACAGCGUAGUCUUAAAUUCUAGCACGGAGUCGCAGACGGGGCAUUCGUCAGCGAACUGUAACAGCUCUCACGGCUGGACUCGUUCAACAGCACCCCCCCCCAGCGCUGACGGAGACGCUGACGCACAUUUGUCAUUCAAACAGAGUCGGCCCAGUUCUCUCCCAGCCUCACCUAGCCCCACCUCACCACGGUCCCCCACCUGGCCCAUGUUUUCGGCCCCUUCCAGCCCCCAGCCGGCCUCCUCUACCUCCAGUGACUCCUCCCCCGUCAGCCCACCAAUGAGGAAGGCUCGCGCACUGUACGCCUGCAAAGCAGAGCACGAGUCUGAGCUCUCCUUCAUCGCGGGGACCAUCUUCGAAAACGUUCAUCCGUCAAGGGAACCUGGCUGGCUGGAGGGCACGCUGGAUGGGAAAACGGGUUUAAUACCUGAAAAUUAUGUGGAAUUUUUGUAGCUUUGGACCGGA